UUGUUGGUAGAUAUGGUGUCAGUAAGUUUACAUUGUUUAAACAAAAAAAAGUCAAUCAGUGGUGGACCUUAACAGACAAUGUAACUGCUGUCCGAAGCUUUUUAGGUGUGUAUGUGUAUAUAUCUAUGUAUAUAUAGAUAUAUGGUGUGAUGGUUUAAAAAUUGAGCAGCUCUGUGAACCAAGCCUGGAUGCAGAGUGGCCAUUUUUAUAGCCAGAAUGGGUCCAGUCUCAAAUUUGACAUUUAAAGACGAUGUGCAAGGCAUUUCAGAGGCAGUGGAGCUCAGUAAAUGGGUUUGUAACAAAUGUUCUUAAACUUUUCACUCGGCCAAGCGUUUGCAGUGUCUGUGACCGCACUCACUCCUCUUUGGGGUGGAGAAAAACAACAACAAACGUUUGAGAGCCUGGCACCUUUUUUAUUAAUUGGGGGAGGGGUUACAAUCAUUUUUUUAAAAUGCUGGAGGUUGGUGACGUAGCAAGCAAAGUUCAGAGCUCUGGAAAGCCCAAAUCCUCUGCUGGUUUGUGUCUUUUUUAAAAUGCAAACGUUGACAGGCGAUCCCCCAGCGCGAUGCUGCUUUGCAAAGGCACCAAAGCAUUUGGGGCUCCUUGUGCGCUUCGGGACCUGCCGCCUUCCUGGGGAAAAAGUUGCAGUUCAGGGGGAAGCAGAAAGGAUGACAGUGAAACUGGGUGAGAGCAGCGGGGAGGAAGGGGUGAAAAAGCUGGGCAAGAGAGCAGGCGGAGAUGAGGAGUCCCUGGAAGAAGAAGGGGCAGGAGGAGGAGGAGAGGCAGCUCCAGGCAGCAGCAGCACAAAGAAAGAAGAGAAGAUUAUUAACAACAACACUAACAACAACCCCCCAGCGAACCCCAGUUUGCCCCAGGCCCCUUCCUCCCUCCAGCCAUCCCACAGCCAGGACCAGCAUCAUUUUCUCAGGUCCAGUGUCAGACCUCAGAGCAAGAGGUUAAGGAAGGAUUCUCAGGCAUCCUCUUCAACUGGCAACAGCAGCAGCACUACUGCAAAAAGCAAAGGAGCAGAUAAUGGGGGGAAUUCAUCUGGUAGUACAUCAGGAAUUCCUCCCAGCACUCCUGCUGGGAGUUCCAAGGCAGCAGCAAGGAAUCUGGGCUCCUCAGCUGGAGAGAAGGAAGAAGGAAAGAAGGUCAGACGUCAGUGGGAAUCAUGGAGUACAGAGGACAAGAAUACCUUCUUUGAGGGACUAUAUGAGCAUGGGAAGGACUUUGAAGCUAUUCAGAACAACAUUGCGCUGAAGUACAAGAAAAAAGGCAAACCAGCAAGUAUGGUGAAGAACAAAGAGCAAGUCCGGCACUUUUAUUAUCGUACCUGGCACAAGAUUUCCAAAUACAUUGACUUUGAUAAUGUGUUUUCUCAAGGGCUGAAAAAAUCCUCCCUGGAGCUUUAUGGAUUAAUCUGCUAUGGGGAGCUAAGGAAAAAGAUUGGGGGAUGUAUGGAUGAUAAAAAUGCAGCUAAACUCAAUGAGCUCAUCCAAGUUGGGGCCACGACUGUUCGCUACAAAGGGAGAAAUCUUCGGAUCAAAGCUCCAAUGUGUAGGGCACUGAAGAAACUCUGUGAUCCAGAUGGUAUUAGUGAUGAGGAGGAUCAGAAGCCAGUGCGUCUUCCUCUUAAGGUGCCUGUGGAGUUGCAGCCAAGAAAUAAUCAUGCGUGGGCUCGGGUGCAGAGUCUUGCCCAGAACCCACGGCUCAGAAUGAUAGUGGAAUUACAUCGGAAGGUCUCCAGCCUCAUUGAGUUCCUGAAGCAGAAGUGGGCUCUCCAUGAAGUGCGCAUUCGUAAAACACUAGAGGAACGGCAACUUCAAGACUCCAGAGACUCAGAAGCAAGAGGCAGUUUGUCAGAGGAGAAAGUGAUGCUUCAUCUCUUCCCAGGGGAGAACUGUACACUGAGCCCACUCCCUGGGGUAGCCAGAGUGGUUCACUCUAAAGCUUUCUGCACAGUGCAUUGGCAGGAAACUGGCAAAUGCAAACAGAACACAAAAGACUCUCACUUAUUGCCUCCUGCACAGAUUCUAGGCAUACAAAGUGGUCAGGGGACAGCCAGAGGACAAUUAAAAUACCCACGGGGAACAGAAGGUAAGGGUGUUGGAAGGGCAGAGAGCACUACAGAGCCAGGCAGAACCUCUCAGCCUUCAGCUGAAGUUUCUGCAAGCACUGAAGAUGGCUCCCCAGAGAAUGGCCUAGCAGAAGGGGCAGCUCCAAGUCUUGGCGUCACAAACUCUCUUGAUAAACCACCUUCUGGACUUCAAGAUCCAGGAGAGAGUCUUGAAAAGUCAAUCCCAGUGGCAUUGUGUGCUGAGGGUCGGGAGGCCCCAGUUGGUGAUGAAGCAAUUGUGCUACCAUCAUGCAGCACAACUUGUGCCUGCAGCAAGAUCCCUGAUGUGGAAGAACUCUCUCUGCUUGAUCCCUUCCCACGGUACAUGAAGUCCUGUCAGGACCUGAUUGUUCCAGAGAAAUGUUCUUGUGCAGACAGGCUGCAUCAGAAAGACUUAGUUCCCUCAGCUGAGAGCGCUUGUCUUGUGGCUCUUUCAACUGGGAGCACAGAAACAGCUGACCCCAGCUCAGCACAGGUGGUGAGAGGUGGGGUAGCAUCACCCAGCAAUGGCCCGUCCAGAUCUGAAACUCAGGCUAGCCACUGCCAGGGACCACAGCCUGAGGCUAGUACCAAGGAGCUACCAGAUGCAGUAAUGGAGGACUCUCAAGAGAAGCUGAGCUCCUCAUUUCCACCUUCAUCUCAGGGACAAUCUACUGCAAAGUCUCUCAAAGAUGACCCGAGCCGGCUUGCUCAACAGGUCAGAGAAGAGGGAUGGAGUCUUAGAACCUCCGAGAGCCUUACGCUGGCUGAAGUCUACCUCAUGAUGGGCAAGCCGAACAAACUGCAGCUGGAGUAUGACUGGCUGUCAGUCUUAGAGCCAGAAACCCAGGAUUCCAGGGAGAAAACAACUGAACCCAGUGCUGUUCCCACAUGUACUCCCUUUCACAAGCAGAGACUUCUCAACUGCCUUUUAAAGCUCAUUUCUACUGAAGUCAACCCCAAACCAACACCUGAGAUGAACUCUGUUGCCACAUCCCCUAUUAAGCCUGUUCAAGAGGAACAAUCACUGACCCCUCCUGGAAAGGUCAUCACCAUCAGCACCAGGAGUCCAGGUUGUUCCCGCAAUCAGUCCACUCUUCGCAACAAGACCUUUUCUCCCAGUGCUGCUUCCAGCUCCUCCGGUUUGAGAAACCCUCCUAGACCUCUUUUGGUGGCUGGUCCUUCAAGUUCUGGAAGUGCUGAUGCAGAUGGUGGGCUCUUUGCUGUUCCCACAACUCUACCACCCAACAGUCGACACGGAAAGCUGUUCUUGCCCAGUAAGGAAGCAGAACUUACCUUCCGACAGCACUUGGACACAAUCAGUAUGCAGUCAGACUUCUUCUUGCCAAAACCAAGGAAAUUGCGGAACAGACACCUGCGGAAGCCAUUGGUGGUACAGAGAACGCUACUUCCCAGACCAUCUGGAAAUCCGUCCCAGCAUGUAUGCUCCUUCUCCAUCUUGUCCAACUCUUCCAUAACGGGGAGAGGUUCAUUUCGGCCAAUCCAGUCUUCGCUGACUAAAGCAGCUGUUUCUCGUCCCAUUGUGCCCAAGGUUCUUCCAACACAGGCAACCAACCAUCUGUCCAGUGCUAUUGAUUUGGCAGCAAAAAGUGCUGGUAUUAUCCCUGGCAGCCCUUUGCCUGUCCUAGAUGCAGAAGGUUUAUCAGGUGUGUCUCCACUGUCACCGGACGGAGUACCCACUGUAAUCACAGGCCAAGAGUCAUCAGUAGCACAUCAGAAUGGGGUCUCCAUCACUGCAGCAGAGGGUCCGAGCAGUGGGUGUCGGGUUCCUUUUAUCAGUUUGCCCACACAGCAUGAACAGGAGGCAGUCCCUGAUGGCUUCCAGAGCACAUCAGUACUAUCUCUGUCAGAACUGUCCAAGACGCCUCUUCAGAAUGGUCUCUCUACUCCUCCACUUCCUUCAUCAGAGGCCUCCAGUACCCGUCUGUCCCCUCCCAACGUCUCUGCUCUGUUGGAUAUCUCUUUGCCUGGACCACCCGAGGAUGUGCUUUCUCAGGGAGAGCCUGCUACUCAAAUUAGUGAUUCUAUAAUCGAAAUAGCUAUCAGUUCUGGUCAAUACAGUGAAGCUGUUACUCUUUCCCCUGCAAAGCUGAAUGGCAGUGACAGCUCCAAAAGUCUUCCGUCGCCAUCCAGCAGUCCUCAGCAGAACUGGAUUGCCUCCCCCAGCCAUGAUCCACAGUGGUACCCCAAUGAUUCCACAGACUCUUCUCUCAGCAGCCUGUUUUCAAGUUUCAUCUCCCCUGAGAAAGGCCGAAAAAUGUUGCCAACCCCUGUUGGGACUGCAAGUGGCACCUCCUUAUUGGGGCCCAGCCUGCUGGAUGGAAACUCAAGGGACUCUUUUGUAUCUCGAUCUCUGGCAGAUGUAGCAGAGGUUGUGGAUUCCCAGCUGGCAUGCAUGAUGAACGAGAACAGCAUAGAUUACAUAUCUCGUUUCAAUGACCUUGCCCAGGAGCUAUCGAUACCUGAGCCAUCCCGGAGGGAGAUUUUGUUUGAUGGAGGUGGAGGAGGUCCCCCCAUUGGUGAUCUCUCUCAGUGACCAUACGAUACCAGCAGGCUGGUGAAGACUGUUCAGCUAAACGAAACUUGCUGUACUGGAUUGGGGCAGGGCAGUCUUGGAUAUGCAGCUUAAUGCCCAGUUGUCCUUGACCAAUGUACACCUUUGUAAAAGAGCAUUGCUGUCUUCAAAGGUCUGAAGAAGUAUUUGCAAGUUUUGGAAUGUGCAAUACAUGGAAACAGCGAAAUGCAGAACAGUAUUAUGGGGAGAGAGAUGUCCACAUCAAUGAUAUAAGAUGGAGUAGUGAAUUUAUAGGACUGUCCUGGAUUUGUACUUCAGAAUGACCUAGGCAAGAAGCUCAGAGGGAUUGCUAGAAGUUACCUACAUUGAUUUUACUUGCAUAGUGAUCAAAACACAAUGGUUUGGGAUCCCAGGGCAGGCAGGGGGAGGGAAAAGGGGAAGCACCUUUGCUAUUUGCAUCUUGACAUAUCCCACUCAGCACUCUUGAUGAUCAGUCAGACUGAAGAUUCUUGCACUCUCCUGAAAGGCACCAUGACCGUGAUGCUUUUGCUAGCAUUUUGUAACACACUCUGUUUCUUUGGCUACAUCUUGUUUACUGAACAUUCCAGCAGGGCAGAUGCCUGUGUUUGUUUUGUAGGGGAGCCUCCAUGCCCCCCAACAUUGUAUGGAUCACAGAGGAUUUUUCUCAGUUUUUAAACAGAUUUUUCACAGCCACCAUCCUUCUGACUGGACCCACAUGAUCGUUCUUUCUGCAGACUGAUACUGGAUUCUUCAUCACAUUAUAUGGUGUAUUGGUUCACCCCACUAAUGGGAAAGUACUUUGCAAGUUGUCUCAGAAGGGUAGUCACUCUAUAGAAUGGGAGACACUGCAGAAAGGGCUUUUUUUGGAGUUGCAAUGAAAGCUGUCUUGAAUAAUAGGUCUUAAGUUUUUUUGUUGGAAACCUAUAUAUAUUUCCACCUCUCUCCACAUAAAUGCCAGCAUGUUGCUGAGAAUUUUCCUGGGAGAGGAAAUAGGAAAGAAUAGUGUAACUUACAAGUACAAAUAAUAAGUUAAACUAAAUUGUAAUGUCAUAUCUUGCAGAUGAAGAAAAGAGGUGUCAAGUCCCUGUUUAAUUUUAUCCUUCUAUCUUAACCUCUUUGCCCAGCUAAUUCUUUGUGCUCUGCAUUACCUCAGGGCAUCAUUUUUCACUAUAGUCACUCCUGAGCAUUGAUGGGUCCAGAACUCCCUAUGCUAAGUACUUAUGCAUUUCUAUGGUAGUUUUAAUGCCUAAAAUACCCAAGUCUUGAUAUCAGGAGGUUUAAAGGAGGUUUAGCAAAGUUGCUUUCUCUACAGAUGAGUUCUCAUUUGCUUCUGCCUUACAACUCAGGAUACUUUCUCCUCCCAUUUCCUUUCCCAUCGGUCUUGAGAGAGGAUAUUUUUUAGUAUGCCCUGUUUUUUUAAGCACUUGUCUGCAUCCCUAGCAAAGGGAUUCCCUUUGUCUCAGUAGCUCUGAAACUGUCCCAGGGGCCAGUCCUAAUAUAAACCUCAAACUUUAUACACUAACUGUUUGCUAUUGAAUAAAAUAAACUCCUCCAUCUCUAAGGCUGUUAUCAGGGCUUUGUUUUCCCAGCUUGCACUAAACUCUGUGGAUGUAGUUUUACCUGCCUCUAGCUACUUCUACAAAGCAUUUGACUGGGAGUUUCUUAUUGGAAUGUUGCCCACAGUACAUUUAUCAGGUUUACCAUUUUCUCAGUCACUGUCCCACCCAUGGAGAUGUUUUUUAUAUUGGUAUAUAUUUUGCCUUGCACUUCUCUGUCUUGAAGAGAAAAUGUAACCAGUUUUCUGAUGUUCAUACUCUGUAACUUGGAGCAGUUUUAAUGACCUUGCUCGUGUUGUGAAAGACUCUUGUGAUUCAUGCUGUAGGAUGCCUUGCGUCUGGUUGCUUCAUUCUGCUCUUUGAUGUGGGAAAGUCUUACCUUUUCAAGCACAGCAUCAGUAGAGUUGGGCAUUCCCAGCAGGGACUCAAACCUGCAUUACUAGCAGGCAGUGGGUCAUCACACUAAAAGGGGGGAGGAUUUCAUAAAAACAGGAUAACUCCUUGCUCUGACUAGAGGGGUACCUGAGGUAUUAUUUUCCUUCUGGCAUUGUUUUCUCUGUCUCUGUCUCCCCCUUUUCCCAAAUAGUUUUAGUAUUGUCAGACUUAACAGGAAUCAUGUAAUGCUCUCAUGUUGUCCUAGAACACAAGCAUGUUUAAAGCUGCCAGCCAAAUGAGCAUUUAAGUGUGUGCAUUUGAGGGUUCAAACUUGGUAGAAACUGAGUUCCUCUGCCUAAAGUUUGCUGCUGGUGGUUAUAAACUUCAGAUACCUUUCAGUCCAGUCUUUCCCAAAUCACCUGCUCUUCUUUUUGGCUUCCCAUAUUAGAAGUGCUGUUUGUAUUUUACAAUAGUGUGCCUCCCAGAAAACCUCUCAACUCACGUGUGACAAAAACAGAAACCUCCUACUAUAGAUCUAGCCAGGGAUUAUCUAAGCACAGUGACACCAGAAAGAGAUGUGAGAUCUAAUUGGGUACAUUAAAUCUGAACCUUUUAGUCUUCAUCUCGUAAAUUUUGAAGACCGCCUUGUGCAGUCUUGUGUUUUGGUUACCUUGCCCCCCUUUCCUCCAGAAAUAUCUGAACUGGUGAUAGAAUAGUUGUCACACUGGUCUUGUGAGACUUCUUUCCAUCUUAGUGUGUCUAGAUUCGCUGCUGCAGUGAAAGGAAGUAGGGUAUGUCACCAAGUUCUGUUAAAGGGAUCCUGCCAUUUGAAUACAUGGAGUUGUCAAACUGCCUCUAGGCAGUCUGUUCACUUUACCAUGGAAGAAAAAGAAUAAUGUGGGAUGAGUGCUGGUGUAAUGGUUAUUUUUUAAAGGUGGGUGUCCAUGAGCCUAACAUAGUUUAAUGCCCUGGAUCCUCCCCAAGAAGAACUGAAGUGCACCAGGUAAUGAGACAAAAAUUAAUAUUAUAUGGAACCACUUGUUUAGCUCUGAAAAUUAUAUAAUAGAAAAGCUGCUGCUAACACAUUUUUAAGAAUUUCCAUUAUAAGUAUGGGUUUUGGCAUUCUUUUCUUGCCCGAGUUGUCCAUGGUCUGCAUCUUCCAUUCCUGAGAUUUGCAGCCCCUAGAGAUUAACCCCACCUGCUAUUUUUGGCCUUAGGUUCAGAAAUGUUGAUAUGAUCUACAGGUUGCAUUUAAAUAGCAAAGCCCUGUCAAGACAAAAAAAAAUCUACUUGUCAUCAAAAAACAAAUUGAAACCAAUUUAAAUCAUAAGAAUAAAUUUAGAUCAGUAAAGAAAUUAUUAUCCUUAUUAUAUGCAAAGUCUUUUAUACACACCUGGCCCUACUAAUUGGUGGAUUUCCACCUGAUGUCCCCUUGCAUCCUAGUCCUUAUCAGUUUGUGCCUCAGGCUGCUAAGGGGAAAAUUAAUAACUUGUUUAAAGUGGAAAAUUUUAACAUUUAACUAAUUUCAGUUCCUCCAACUUAAGUAAUGACAGUAACUUCUGUAAACUUUUCAGUCUCUUCUGAACAGGCAUUCUAGCAAAUUGCUAGUGUACUGCAGGCAGGAUUGUUUUGAAGGUAACAAUCACUCCAUUAUCUUCAUAUCUGUCUCAGUCACAGUAAAGAAGCUGGAGGAAAGGAAUGGACAUUAACAGUCUAGCCUCUCUUUCUGAAAUUAGUUCCUAUAAAGCUUGUGCUCUGACUUAAGUUUUUGAGUAAGUUUUUUUUGUUUGUUUGUUUGUUUUUAACUUCAAGUGGGUGACCAGCAAGCCUGGUGAGUGUACAUGGAACAAGUUUCCUUGUACUCCCUAAGGCAAAAUAAUGGAAACAUGCUGUUUGUUGUCAUGAUCUGGGUGUAAAGUGGUAUUGCAUCCUAAAGAAUACAUCUGACUGUGUGCGCUAGCUGUCAGGGUAACACAUCCCGAUUAGCCAGUUUGUUCAGUUCUUCAUCAGUAAAUGUACUAAACAUAGGAAUUUUAAUUGUUUUAAAAUGGCAUUGUGUAACCUUUUCUUGGCACCCUUCUUUAUAUUCCUAAAUUGAAUUUAAAUAGCUUGGAUCAAACCUAAUCUAGAAAGAUGUCUCAUCUACUGACUGCGGAUUCUGCAGUGGAAAUUACCAUUAAUGGUAAAAACUUUACCAUUUUUAUGCUCCAAACUUCAGAUACAUUUAUAAGGAAAAGACUGCACUUUUUUAACCUUUUCAAACCUUUGAAUCUCUCUUAAUUUCACGGCAAUUUGUAAAUGUCAAAUAAGUGAAACCUUGGCAAGCACUACGGCAAUAAGUUAUCAUGAAUUACUGAAACAUGAUAACUGGCUUUAGAGCUUAUGGUUUUGGCAGCAAGGUUUUAUUGCUGUUUCUUUUAAUAAUAGUUAAGCCAUAUCAUCUAAGGUUUUUGGCUUGUUUGAGAUGUGAAUUUGUUUUAUAGAUUAUAAAUAUACAUAUAUAGUGUAUGUAUAAAGCAGAAUGCCUGUCCUUACUGAUUAUUUUUUGUACCAUAUUGUAAAUUAUAUUAUUUAUUCUUUACCAAUUUUGGAAAAAGGUGUUUUGGUUAUUUAAUAUAAUAUACAAAAGCUGUUAAACUUCUUCUGUUUCAAUUUCCAAUUCAACUUGUAAAGCUGUUUUUAUUCUUGUGCAUAAAUACAUACUAAUCCUUGGUCUAA